UUGACAUUUCUAAUGUGAACUAACUUCACGUUAUGUGAGGUGUGGACUAUAAUCUGUCCAGGUUCCAAUGGUUUAAGUUGUGGUAUCUGCCAAACCUGCAUAUGACAAAAUUGUGCCGAUCUCCUGAUUAUUGAACUCUUCGAAAAGAAAUAUAUUGAUAUAUUACUAUUAUCAAUACAAUUAGUAUAAUGGCUACACCUACAAGAAUAUUAAGCCGUCUAUUGGCUGACGGUAUCAAAGUGAAACAGCCUAUUAGAUUUAAUAGUUACGAAAGCACGAGACCAAAUUUAAAAUUAUCGGCUCAAACCAAAGUUAUAUGCCAAGGCUUCACUGGGAAACAGGGAACCUUUCAUAGUAAACAAGCUAUUGAAUAUGGAACACGAAUGGUUGGUGGAGUGUCUCCUGGAAAAGGUGGAAAAACUCAUCUUGAUUUACCAGUUUUCAACUCCGUAAAAGAGGCACGCGAAGCCACCGGAGCUGAUGCAACUGUAAUAUACGUGCCACCGCCAGGAGCAGCUGCUGCCAUCAUAGAAGCCAUUGAUGCAGAAGUUCCCCUUGUCGUAUGUAUCACUGAAGGUAUACCACAACAUGACAUGGUACGAGUUAAGCACAAAUUGUUACGCCAAAAUAAAACUAGACUGAUUGGACCUAACUGCCCAGGUAUAAUAGCUCCAGAACAAUGUAAAAUAGGAAUCAUGCCUGGCCAUAUCCAUCAAAAAGGUGUUGUUGGUGUUGUAUCAAGAUCAGGAACACUAACUUAUGAAGCAGUCCAUCAGACUACCCAGGUCGGUCUAGGUCAAACACAUUGUGUUGGUAUUGGUGGGGAUCCUUUCAAUGGAACCGAUUUCAUCGAUUGUUUAGAAGUAUUCCUGAAAGAUCCAGAAACCAAAGGAAUAAUACUCAUUGGUGAAAUUGGAGGUGUUGCUGAAGAACAGGCUGCUGAUUAUCUGAUAAAGCACAACUCUGGUUCAAAUGCUAAACCAGUUGUGUCCUUUAUUGCUGGUCUGUCUGCGCCACCUGGACGUCGUAUGGGUCACGCAGGUGCUAUCAUUUCUGGAGGAAAAGGAGGUGCUCAAGACAAAAUCAACGCAUUGGAAAAGGCAGGCGUAAUAGUUACGAAAUCUCCUGCACAGAUGGGCAACGAAUUGUUGAAGGAAAUGCGUCGUUUGGGAUUAGCCUAAGUAUGUUUGACUGUAUGAUAUAAGGCUCCUUAUUGUUCGGUUAAUUAUUAACUGCAUAGCCUCUAUUCGUUAUUUUUCUCACCUGUUCUUAUUGUGUAUAUUCCAAAAUUCACGUGUAAUAAAUAAAUAUAUAUGUAUAUAUUA